AUGAAGGGACAGGCCGACACCACCACCGCGGAGUCCCCUCCCCCUCUCUGGAAAGUGCGCAUGCCUUUCUGGCACCGCGUGGACUGCUUCAUCCGACUAUGGCUGCUGAAAUCCCUGGCCGCCAUCUACUUCUACUUUCGGCGCCUGGUACGACCGCCGCCGCGUCGCUACCAGCCCACCUUCGUCCGUCGCUACCCAUCUCGUCCCAUGCUCAACGCCCACAUCUUCUUCCCGCCCAACUAUCGUGCGGGUGAGCGCCUGCCCUUAUAUCUGAACAUUCAUGGCGGGGGUUUCGCCGUGGGGAAUGUCCAGGUAGAUGACCGCUUCUGCGCCGCCUGGACCGAGCGGACCGGCAUGCUCGUCGUGAGUCUGGACUACCGCCGCGUACCGCGACAUCCCUUCCCCACCGCCACCUACGAUCUAGUCGCCCAGAUUAAGGACGUGCUGGCGGAUGAGUCCCUGCCCAUUGAUCCCGAGCGCAUCACUAUUGGGGGGUUCAGUGCGGGGGGGAAUCUGGCCUUGUCGGUGUCGCAGCUGCCUCCCCUGCAUGGACGGGUCAAAGCCGCCGUCGUCUACUACCCGAUUGUCGACUUUGGCCAUCCCCCGCCCGUCAAACUAGCCUCCCGCCCCUACACGGAUGGUCCCUUGGACAAGAUAGGCAUGAUGGCGUGGGCUCUGGACUGGGGGUAUGUCUGUGUGGGACAAAACCGACGCGAUCCGCUGUUGAGCCCCUGGUACGCCGACCCGAAAGACCUGCCCCCGCGCAUCUACAUGAUUGCCGCGCAGUGGGAUAUGCUGCGGCUGGAAGCCCAGCAGAUGAUCCACCGCCUGGCGGGGCUGCACGAUAAAGAGGACCAGGAAGCGUCCUUCGAGACGUCUGCGUAUAAGUGGACCUUGGCCCGAGGGUGUACGCAUGGCUUCACGCACGGCCAGGAGGGGAAUGCGGCCGAAAGAGCGUACCGGAAAAAGGUUUGCGAGGACAUAUAUGGCCAGGCCCAUGAGUGGCUGAAGAGUGCGUUGGGAUAG